UUAAAUAACGUAUUGGCGCUAUUAUUUUUCUGCUGUUCAGUUUGCGUCGAAUGUGUGGCGGGUACCGUUUAAUUUAACAUUGGAUGCUUGUUGUACUUGUGCCAGUUGUGCUUCCUCAACCAUGGACUGGAGCUGGUCCUGUAUUUUAUUUAUUAACCUUCGUCUUCGCGAUAAUUUUUGAUCGGCUCAUUCUUCCGUGUAUUUCAUGGGCAAUGAAAGGCAGUCCGGAACCACAAAAAGCCCAGAAGAACAAGAAAUCUCUUUUGCCCGAUCGUCGGCUGGUGGGCGUAUCUCUUGGAUACCAAAUUUCCACGGAGAAAUUUGUGGGCAAGAAGGUGUACGAUCUUGAUGAUGGACCGCAUGACCGUUGGAAAUACUCUUACGAAAUCCCUGUGGAGAAGCAGUGGGACUAUCCAGAGAUUCCCCAAUCCCAGUGGACUGUCAGUAUUUGUGUGGAGAACUGCUGGAACGAACAUGGAGGUUACUCUGGAAUGAAGCCCAUAAUGAAGAUUACACCCUCUGAGGACUGCAAAAGCCUGACCAGUCCGUACAGUAUAGUGGUGGUGGGAGAAAUCAGAGUGUCCAAUAGGUAUACAACCGGCUGUAGCGUGAUCUCAAUUGGGCCCGAUGGAUGGGCUCAUUCCUCAGCCCCAAAAGACGAUGUCAAGUUGACCGAUUUACUGUGCUGUAAAUUUAGGCCCGAUCGCGAGGGUAACUACAGCCACAAGUACCCGGCUCUUCUGGAGGGAAAUAUCUACGUCAUACUGACCUUUCACGUCGGCCGGUACGUGCGCAGCGACCUGAAACAUCUCUGGGAGUCAAAAGCUCUGGCAGACUCCACACUGGUUUCCACUGAUGAUCAGACGUUUCCUGUGCAUCGGGACAUCUUAGCUGCACAGUCGCCGGUGUUUGCUGGGUUGUGGCCAGACAUUAAAACGGAAGCGAAAGGUGUGGGGAGCAUCCCGGACAUCAGUGGAGAAUUGCUAAGUAUUCUGCUGAAUUUUGCAUACACACGGGAACUAUCGCAUAACGCCAACGGAAAAUUGGAAGAGCUGUGGAAGACUGCCAAGGAGUUUGGCAUGAAAGAGCUGUCGGCGGCUUGUGAAUCCCGCAUGAUAAGCAUCUUCGACCAGACGAAUGCCCUGCGCUACUUUGCUUUCGCUCGUGAGCACGGUUUGGUGAAACUGCAGCGAAUGGUCGGGACGUACAUUGGCAAGAAUCCAAUGGCAGUGUGAAAAACUACACUCAUUUUUUGAAGCGACAUGGUUCACUUUCUUCUU